AUGUCAGAACCCGCACAACGGAAAUCCGAGGCACAGGCCAAGAUAGCGGCGGAAUUCCUUCGUCUUGAUCCUACCUUCGGAAGCUGGUUUCUACCAUUCUGGAGGACAUGGACCAAGGCAACAGAAGAUAUAAGAAAACUCGAGUUCGCUAGCCUGGACGAAUACCUUAAAUCCAGGGUAGUGGACGUUUCAGGAAGUUGGACACUUGCAAUUCUUCAAUGGGGAACGGGGAUCUAUCUCACACCUGGAGAAGAAAAAAUCAUCGGCCCGAUAAACUACAUCGCAUAUGCUGAGCUGGCUCUAGUCAACGACUUGUUCUCGUGGGAGAAGGAGAAAGCAGCUUACAUUAAAAGUGGAGAGACUAUACCAGUAGUCAAUGCUGUGCAAAUUGUUAUGACUUCGAAGAUGCUAACGGAGAGCGCUGCUAAAGAAGUCGUCCGGUCCGAGCUCACAGUACAUGAAGAGCGAUUCUGCCAGCUAAGAGACCAGUACAAAACCACGUCCAACCCAUCAAGGUCAAUCCUGAGGAUAUUAGAAUUACUAGAGCAUGCAAUGGCUGGAAACUAUGUUUGGAGCAUUCGGUGCCCUCGUUACGCAAAGAGUGACCGCAACCCUUACCGUGAUUACAUCGAAACAUUCGGGAGUGAAAAAGUUCCAGUGAUUUCACCGCAAGCUUCAAUUUUUGAAUCAACUUCAGAAGCUACAAACUGUGCUGAUACCAUCGAGCCCAAACAGCUAGACAUGCUAGCAAUUGAGGAGAAAGUUUUGAUGAAGACUUCUUUAGGCAAUGAUCUGCAGGACGAGGCAAGUUCCAGAUGA